AUGUCUGACCUGAAACCCAAGGCCGGGAGAUUGUCCCCUCUGGGACUUUUCAAGGAAGUAUUUAAUUGGUACCCAUCUUCAUAUCCUGCCGAGGAGAGAAAAUUAUUAUUCAAGUUGGACUUGUCCAUUCUGAUAUUUGCUUGUCUCUGCUUCUUUGUCAAGUAUCUGGACCAGACAAACAUUAGCAAUGCAUAUGUUAGUGGUUUGAAAGAGGACUUCGGUCUGUACGGCAAUGAGCUCAACUACUUCAAUGUCUGCUACUUUUGUUCGUAUGUGCUAUUCCAGAUUCCUGGACUACUGCUCAUGUCACGCCCAAAGUUGGCUCGCUGGUUGUUACCUACACUCGAAGUCCUCUGGGGUAUUUGCACAUUUGCCCAAAGCCGUGUCACGAACGUACACCAGCUCUAUGCCCUUCGUUUCUUGGUUGGAAUGCUAGAAGCACCUGUCUUUGCUGGAACGCAUUUCAUUCUCGGCUCAUGGUACACAGGUCCCGAACUGUUCAAACGAGCCGGAACAUGGUUCAUCUGCAACCCGCUCGGUACUAUGGUUAGUGGAUACCUUCAGGCAGCGGCUUAUACCAACCUCUCUGGUGUUGGGGGUAUGCCAGGGUGGAGGUGGCUGUUCGUAAUUGACGGCAUAUUUACCAUCCCCGUGGCCUUGCUCGGAUUCCUUAUCUUUCCCGGUAUUCCGGGCUCGCCUAAGCCAUUCUAUCUGACGGACCGUGAUAUUGAAUUGGCCAAGGAGAGAACUAAGAGAGCCAAGAUUCGCCAGCCUGGCAAAAUGAGUCUCGACGUCUUUAAGAGAACCUUUAAGAGAUGGCACAUUUGGGUCUUUAUCACUUGCUACGCAUGCAUGAUCAUCUGCUCCUAUCCAAGCAGCUAUAUGAGCCUAUGGCUCAAACAAGAGGGAUACUCAGUGACUCAAAUCAACCAGCUGCCGACUGUUACUUACGCGAUUAACAUCGUGGCCUCAUGGCUAGGAACAACAUUAGCUGCGAUUUAUCCGGAAUGGAUCAUUUACACCAUUGCAUCGGCAUGCUGUCUAUUCUCAACAUUAUGCAUGAUAGUUUGGAACAUCCCUACAGGCCUGAAGUAA